GCAGCGUCGGUCGCCACCGAGGCGUCGGCGAUGGCCCGGCCGGCGGAUGCGGCCUCGAGACCAGUCGAAAUGAGGCGGAUGGCACUCUCUCUUUGGAAGAUAUGUUUCAGCUGUUCUCAUCACAGACAGAAAAUGCCCCAAAGGGCCUAAGCGGAGCCUGUGAUUCUGCCCCGCAGCCUACACCAGGGCCGAUACGGGGUAACGCCGCGGGAGAGAUAUGGCCGGACUUCCUCUCGUUGCCUGAGCUACAGGGAAUCUCACUGGGGGAUGUCCAGCCAGCAACCAGCGAGAGUAGAGGUGGGAGUUCUUCAUCCCGUCACAGUGUAAAUUUCACCCAGGCUAUAAGUCAUGAUGUGAGUCUUCAUGAGGCCACGCUGCUGAGUUCAGAUGCAUCCAGAAGAAAUUCUGGGUCAGAGAAUUGCCGGUCCCAGGAAACGUUUCUGCCGUUCAAUUCCAGCAGCACUAACUCCUCUCAGUCCCCCUCCGCGUCCAACCUCACAGCCCUGUUUCCUUUCGUCGACACUUCCGUUGGAAAUGCGACGAGCCAGGAUCUCCUCCCGGGCCUCGACGACAACAUCUUCGACGAGAUCAAUCUGAUGUCUCUUGCCCUGGAAGAGGGUUUCAAUCCUCUGGCGGUUUCUCGGCUCUUUGAAGAACCCGACUCCGAUUCCGGCCUGUCUUUAAAUUCCAGCCGCAGUAGCGCCUCUGCGAGCAAUUCGGAUUCGUCUGCUCUGGCCUGCAACGGAGAAGGCGCCGUGGGCUACGGCAGUGACGUGGGAUCCCCUCGGCACGAUGGCUUGGAAGGAGCCGUAGGAAGUGACUGGCCGGAGUCUGGCCGGCUGCGCCGCCCUGGAGAUUAUCUGGGCGAUCCAGAGACCCCCGGGAAACCCACGUUUCGGCACGUUCUUCACAACCACACCUACCACUUGCUGCCAGAUCCAGCCCUGUCCACCCCCGAGUCACCGGACUCCUGGCCUGGGACGUCACCCCAGGUGAGGGACCGAGACCUCCGUGACUUGGAAAGAAGCCUGAGUCGGGACGAGCGCCGGGCCAAAGCUCUCCGUAUCCCGUUCUCCGUGGACGAGAUCGUCGGCAUGCCGGUCGAGGCCUUCAACCACAUGUUGGCCGGGUACUACCUGACCGAUGCUCAGGUGUCCCUGAUCCGGGACAUCAGGCGGAGAGGAAAGAACAAGGUCGCCGCCCAAAACUGCCGCAAACGCAAACUCGACGUGAUCCUGAACCUGGAAGACGACGUCUAUCACCUGAGGGCCCAGAAGGAGAGCUUGAAGAAGGAGAGGGCCCAGUGCGACAGGUCCAUCAGCUCCCUGAAGCAGAAACUGAACGACCUGUCUCGGACCAUAUUCGGUCGACUCCGAGACGAGCGGGGCCGACCCGUGAACCCAAGCCAGUUCGCUCUGCACUGCGGCCGGGACGGGACCGUGGUGAUCGUCCCCAAGGAAUUGGUGGCGCCGGAUCAGAAAAAAGAAAACCAGAAAGAACGGAAAAAAAAGUGAGGUGGAAGCGAAGGAGACGGGUGGACGGUGAGCUCUCGGAGAGAGGCGUGGGUGGAGGGAAGCGGAGGUCAAACGACCCGCCCCCUCCCCUCAUCCAGUGCUUAGAACAGUGCUUAACAAAUACCAUCAUCGUCAACCUCCGGGCCAGUCCGGCUGGAUCUGGAUCGCACACCUGCCCAACCUGCCGCUGUUUAAUCCCAGAGUUUUGUUCACCAGACGCGGUGUUCGUGGGCCGCUCGAAGGGCUGACGGCCAGUCCACACCAGGUUACGCCACAGUAUUUAGUGCAGCCUCUCUCCCCUUCACCGAGACCAGAGUAGAUUCCUGUCUCCUCACACCCCAUCUCCCCACCCAAGUCGGGUUGCUUAGAAUCGAAUGGACCUAGGGUGGGAUCAUGUGGAAUCACUGUACCGCCCUGCCUUUCUGAGAUAGGAGCCGUCUUCUGGGGAGAAACGAUCAUUUUAAAGCAAAAAAAAAAAUAAAGUCUCAGCAAAAGAGAUUUCUUUUGACCGUUUUCACCCGAGGCUUUUAAAUACAAAGUGACCUUAAACUUUUUAUUUAGUCUGUUAGCACUGGAAAACCUUUUAGCGUAGAAUUAAACGUCAGCCUUGAAAAAGAACUAGCUUUAGUUCAAUUUUUGUGACUACUUAAAUUAUGUAUUUCUUUUCUAUGGAAGUAAAUUAUGCAUUUGUAGAAGAUGACCUUUCAUCUCUUUUCUGAAGAAGUCCUGGUGGCUAUUCAGACGCUCAGUUUAUAUAUUUAUAAAAACAAGUUAAGCAAACAGGGAUUGCUGAUUGAUUUUAGAGUAUGUGUUUUUUGGGACUUCCAUGAAAUCCUCCUUUGAAAAGAUCAUGUCUCUACAGAUCUGCAAUAUGCUUUCUACAAGUGGCUUUUUUUGGACCCUGUUUCUUUCUAAAAGAAAGAAUAAUAACUGUCAAGAUAGAGAGAGAGAGUGUGUGUGUGUGUGUCUGUGUGUGAAGGGCAGGGGGGGGAGGGCCUGCACAUAGAGGCUUUCCUUUUUUUAAAAGCUUUGUUUAAGCACUUUGAACUUUAAGUUAUAAAAUUCAAACUCUUCACUUAAGAAUUACCCAGCUGAAGAGAUGACGUCGACACUUGCCUUAUCCUUGAAACGGGGACUAGAUUCAUUCAAUAGCCGACUUAGCUUUGCUGAGGUUUUAUCAGCAGCAGGAAUACAAGCCAUCGCCACUUUGUCGCCGACAUUUUGAAAAAGUGCCUGUUCUCUCAAAUGGUUUUACCUGAGUCUUUUGAAGCAGUGAGUGAUGAAAGAAGCAUCUUUAAUAGUGAAAAGGGCUUGAGUUUGGGGGAGUUGAAAGUUUUAUUGUCCUUUGAGAGCGUGUCAUGCAGACCUAUUCAUGUGCCGAGACUCACAUCCAGAGCAAAUUUUUCAGAACGGUUCAGCUUCGUGUGGUGGCAAGCCAUCUGGGAUAACAGUUGUUCUAAAACAUACCAAAGCCAUGUAAGUUGGAUUGCAUUCCGUCAACUCUAGAGAGAGUUCUGGGACUCGUAUUCAUCCAGGAAAAAUGGGCUGGUCACAAGUAAUAAUGGCAUUGCUCUCCAGGAGUUUCCGGCUGCCCAGAUUUCCUGUCCUGCGAGAAAUUGAAAGCAGUACGCUCCUCACAACGUGAAACUCAACCUGAUCGUUGCCAUCAUCUACCAAAAGUGACUCUGGGAUCCUAGCUUUUAAUAAUGAUUGUUCUCCAUGUUCUGGUGGGGUGUGUGUGUAUGUGUAUAUGUGGUUUUGUGAGGGUUUUGUUUUUUUGUUUUUUCUUUUUUACAAUAAAGCUGUUUCC